GAGCAGGAGACCUCUCGGGGUCGGGUGGCCACGGCUAUCGAAGAGCGUCUGCGCCACAGGGUGGUGCCAAAGCCGCGAAGGUGGCCCGGGCCGCAACCAUGGUAACGUUUUGAGUCCUUCGCUACGCCGUGCGUGAUGACGCUAUGGCACGCGUCCCUGGCCCUGGCUCAUGACGGAAACAGGCGCGGACGCAGCCUCCUGACCUCGAAACAGCGGCAACUGCUGAGGCGGGCAGACGAGGUCAAGAUGGUGGUUCCGCGGGUGGCGAAGGCGGGGGAGGGAGGAGUCAGGCCGUAGCCUGCCGGAAACACCGACACCCAGAGGCCUCCCGGGAGCCGCCGCCGCCUGCUCCAGCUCGAGACGCGAGCGGGCGGCGGGGCGGGUCUUGAGAGACUGGAGAGGAGGGAGGGCUGGGGCGGAGCCGCCCGCCUAAACCCCCGCCCCCGGCCGCGGUCCCGGGCCCUGCCCCGCGCGGCCCUGCCCGGCUCGCCCAGCCCUGGUGUGGCGGCGGCUCAUGGCGGCGGUGGGGCCUCCGCAGCAGCAGGUGCGGAUGGCCCAGCAGCAAGUCUGGGCGGCGCUCGAAGUAGCGCUCCGGGUGCCUUGCCUCUACAUCAUCGACGCCAUCUUCAACUCCUAUUACGAUUCCAGCCAAAGCCGGCUCUGCAUCGGGCUCCAGAUCUUACUCCGGCUCCUUGGUAUAUUUGUAUCCAGUGUUGUUCUGAUCUUGUCACAGCGAUCACUUUUCAAGUUUUACAUGUACAGCUCAGCCUUUCUGUUAGCUGCAACUUCAGUGUUGGUAAAUUAUUAUGCUGCUUUGCACAUUGACUUCUAUGGUGCCUACAACACAUCAGCUUUUGGGAUUGAGCUGCUUCCUCGAAAAGGACCCUCGCUUUGGAUGGCACUCAUCGUUCUUCAGCUAACGCUAGGAAUUGGAUACAUUACACUACUCCAAAUUCAUUCCAUCUAUUCACAAUUGAUUAUUUUGGAUCUCUUGGUUCCUAUAAUAGGCUUAAUCACAGAGCUGCCAUUACACAUCCGAGAAACUUUAGUUUUCACUUCUUCCUUGAUUCUUACAUUAAAUACAGUGCUUGUCUUGGCAGUGAAACUUAAGUGGUUUUAUUAUUCUACGCGAUAUGUUUAUCUUUUAGUGAGGCACAUGUAUCGAAUUUAUGGAUUGCAGUUAUUAAUGGAGGACACAUGGAAGAGGAUUCGUUUCCCAGAUAUACUGAGAGUCUUUUGGCUAACGAGGAUUACAGCUCAGGCUACAGUAUUAAUAUACAUUUUAAGGAUGGCAGAUGAAACUGAUUCUUUCUUCAUUUCUUGGGAUGAUUUCUGGGACCUCACUUGCAAUCUUAUAAUUAGUGGAUGUGACUCUACACUAACUGUCCUGGGCAUGAGUGCUGUCAUUUCCUCAGUAGCCCAUUAUUUGGGCCUUGGAAUAUUGGCCUUUAUCGGAUCAACUGAAGAAGAUGACAGAAGGCUUGGCUUUGUAGCACCUGUUUUAUUUUUUAUUUUGGCUCUUCAGACUGGUUUAAGUGGAUUAAGACCAGAAGAGAGACUUAUUCGCUUAAGUAGAAACAUGUGCCUUUUGUUAACUGCAGUCCUGCAUUUCAUCCAUGGAAUGACAGACCCUGUAUUAAUGUCUCUCAGUGCCUCUCAUGUGUCAUCUUUUCGUAGACAUUUUCCUGUGCUCUUUGUUUCUGCUUGCCUGUUUAUUCUUCCUGUUGUACUUAGUUAUGUUCUUUGGCAUCACUAUGCACUAAAUACAUGGUUGUUUGCAGUUACAGCCUUUUGUGUGGAACUCUGCUUAAAAGUAAUUGUUUCUCUCACUGUUUAUACAUUAUUCAUGAUUGAUGGUUACUAUAAUGUCCUCUGGGAAAAGCUUGAUGAUUAUGUCUACUAUGUUCGUUCAACAGGCAAUAUUAUUGAAUUUAUAUUUGGAGUAGUAAUGUUUGGAAAUGGGGCUUAUACUAUGAUGUUUGAGUCAGGGAGUAAAAUUCGGGCUUGUAUGAUGUGUCUACAUGCAUACUUUAACAUCUACUUACAAGCAAAAAAUGGCUGGAAGACAUUCAUGAAUCGUAGGACGGCUGUUAAGAAAAUUAAUUCACUUCCUGAAAUAAAAGGGAGCCGUUUACGAGAAAUAGAUGAUGUGUGUGCAAUCUGCUAUCAUGAGUUUACAACAUCAGCUCGUAUCACACCAUGUAAUCAUUAUUUCCAUGCACUUUGCCUUCGGAAAUGGUUGUACAUUCAAGAUACUUGUCCGAUGUGCCAUCAAAAAGUAUACAUUGAAGAUGAGAUCAAGGAUAAUUCAAAUAUAUCUAAUAACAAUGGAUUCAUCGCACCCAAUAGAAAUCCAGAGGAAGCUGUAAGAGAAGCUGCUGCUGAAUCUGACAGGGAAGUGAACGAAGAUGACAGUACAGAUUGUGAUGAUGAUGCUCAAAGAGAAAGAAAUGGAAUGAUUCAGCACACAGAUGCUGCAGCUGAAGAAUUUAUUAAUGAUGAUACUGAGACUGAUUAAAAUCGCAUUUACUAAUUAUUGAGGUAUUUGUUUAAAAUUCAGUUCAUCCAAAAUGGAGUAAUAUGUUUCACUCCAAUGUGUAACUAAGCACAAAAACAGUAUGAAUGUUGAAUCUGUGAAUGGUUUUCCGUUUACUGUCAUGUGCUACUGUAAAUAUACCCCUUUAAUUACUUCUGGUCUCUUUGGUGACCUAUUUAAAUUUGUGUACAUUAUUGUACAUAGAAUAAAAUGUUUUCAUGUUUUUUUGACAAAA